AUGUCUGCUUGUAUUAAUGAAAGUUCAAACCCUCCAAAAAGAAAAAAGAAGAAUAAAAAUCUUAUACCAUUACAAAAACACGAUUAUAUUAACCAGCAUUUACCAAACUUCGUUGGACAUUCCACUGGAGCCAUUUUGUGUGGCAUAGCCUUCGAUUGUGGAGUAGAAGAUGGGCUUCAAGUUUUCACUUUCAAUAUACGGUGGAUUGAUAGCUCAACAUCCGCAGCAGAAAAAUGGAGAUUUAUCAAAAAUGCGGCGACUAAUCAGAGUGGUGUGAGCGGAACUGCCUGGUUUCUUGGGAAAUCCGCUUUAAAGGAACCUAAGGCUUCCCUCAACAUCGAUUACGACAAGACAGUCACUGUUCGCAAAUUUUCGUUGAUGGUAUUGUACAAACAUCUCAUGGGAUGA